CAACCCACUAUUAAUAUCUGAAUCUCUCACUGCAGAACGACAAACUACUAUACCACAAUCAACAGUAUCAACAACUACUCCAAAUCUACUCUCAUCACCAGAUAUACUUACACCAACCUAA